CUUUAUUUUUAAAAAUAAAUAAUAAUUCACGUUUUUUUUUGUUUCUUCUUUACUAAUGCUUUGUGUUCGUGGUGAAGUUGAUGCUUUUACUUUUCCGCUUAUAGCUCUAAACUGUUGAGUUCGGAUUUAGGAAAAUAUAUAUCUACGUGAAUGUGAAAAUAAUGAAUAUUAGCUUUUAUGGAAUCAUUCAUUCAUAAAGCAUAUUUAUAUGCAUGCUUUGCAUAAUCAUAAAGUUUGAUAGAUUUAUAUGUGUUGAUCAUCAUCAUCAUCAUAUUCAGUAGGUUUAGUUUUUUUGUCACUACAAGAUUAGGAUUUAGGAGGGUUUAGCUGAGGUAUUGAUUUUGUGUGUUUUUGUUUGAUUACUGGUCUAAUAAUGAGCAUUGAUGUUGUUUUUUCUUUACUUUCAUGGGUUUUUGAUCUUGUUCUUGUUCUUGAUUCAAUCUUUUUGAGCUGUGUAAUGAGCUUCCAUGGAUGUUCUGUAUAUGCCCACCGUGGACUAAUUCCUUGUUUGGUUAACUAUAGAAUUUCACUUUUCAAGCUUUGUGGACGGGACAUAAGAAAUAGAAUAAAAGAGUUAGACCAAAGGAAACUGCCAUGUAUUUCUUCGGUUUGUCCAAAGAAGAAGUGUUUUCACAGAAACAUGUUGUAUCAUAUAAAGAGACUUGUAAGCAGAAUCCAAUCAAUAUGGUCACUCUAUUUGGGAGACAGGUGUAUCAGGUGAAAAAUGAGAGCUCCAUGUCUGGUGAUGGAUAUAACUAUAAGAGAUUAAACUCCCCUAAGCUGUUGACUAAAGAUAUUGAUCUUCAGCGUCCUGCAGAUCACUAUGCGUAUAAGAACUUUCAUGAGACACUUGGUUCCGGUAAAUUUUACGGCAUUGGUGGUUCUCAAAACACCACCGUAGAGUUGGGAUAUCAUUCGGGUCUCGAAGCAAAUAGUGUGAAGGAAGCAUCAGCCACAAACUGGAGUGGCAAGAGAAAUCCAAGAAUUGUUAUUGAUCUUGAAGAACCUCCUCCUCCCUCAUGGGUCUCCGAAACAGAGAAAACAGAGCAUGUUGCAGCUUCUGUUAGCUAUGUUACUAUGAGAAAUCCUGAAACAAAACCGUCCUUCUUCGAUCGGAUCAGCUCAAACAUUCUCAAGGCAGUGGAUCAAUCUCUUCUUGUUGAGGAUGUUAGUGAUAAGACAACUAAUGAGGAGCAGCCAAGUUUACUGGAUCUUAAUAGCGCUCCGGUUGAUGAGUCUGCUGCUUCCGAGCCUCAUUAUUGUUUCUUACAAGAUUUGAACUGUCCAUACAUUGAAGAGACAGAAACAAGCUGCGAGAAAAGUGGAAUAGAUGAUGGUCCUACUCCGCUUUGCUCUCCUCAAUGCCAAAAUGUUCAUGAAAAAGACGGCACAGCAUCUCCAGCUUCAUAUACUUCUUGCUGCACUACUGAAAACAACUCGAGGACUGAGUCAAGAAUAAGUUCUUCUCCUCGAGCAUUAGAGCCUUCUUGCCGUACCCGCCUUGAGUUUCCUGUAACAGAAGAAGACCUACAGGAGGAGAAUGGAUGUUGUAACGAUGAGGAAGAUUCAUCUGAAGUGAUUCAAAUGGCAGCUGAAUCAUUAGUCCACAUAUCAGAGAUUUCAUAUCAAAAUCAAGACUUGCAGUUAAAGCUUGUGUCAAGAACCAACAGCUUAUCUCAAGAUCAAGACUUUUCAGAUAAACUCGAGAUGGGUAAAGCGGAACCAGGAUGUUCCUGCGAUUCAUAUGAGCGACACACGUUAGGAAUAAGCGAAACCAACACUGAAGAAGACUUCUGUGUGUCAUCAAUGGCUCUAGAUGAGCUUAACAACAACAUCACUAGAGAUAACAACAAAGAGAUUGGACUCAAGCUGAGAAGAGGGAGAAGAAUGAAGAACUUCCAAAAAGAGAUACUCCCGUGCUUAACGUCACUCUCUAGACAUGAGAUCCGGGAAGACAUUAAUAUAUUGGAAGCAGUUUUGAGAUCAAGAGAGUACAAGAAGAUGCAGGGGAAGACGAAAGAUGUCAAAUUCAGAGCAAACGCAAAGAACAAACGUUCAGUGCCGCAGAGGUGCGUUGGUAAAAGAAGGCGAAACACCGAAUGAAUAUGGAACACCUUUCCGAGUUUCUGAUUCUUUCAUACAAUUGCUUCGUCAUCAUGUAAUCUUAUAACAGUCUGUGGUUUCGAUUUAUUUGUUUUUAACUUAUGACAUUGAUUUAUGAUGAGAGGUAAAAAACUAGUGAGACAGUUUCUCAUUCUCUCCCAUAUUGACGUUGGUUGUUUGAUUAAGCAUAUCAGUCUCUUAUCAUUA